AUAUAUAUAUAUAUAUAUAUACUAUAAUUUAUAAUGAUUUUUUUUUCAUAUUUCAGAUUGGGCAUUUUUGGGUUCUUAGCCACAGAGCCACUUUCAAGAACAUCACAUCCUCUCACAUCCGGAAAUUAUGGUUUAUCUGAUAUCAUAGCAGCUCUUCAAUGGGUUCAUCUUAAUAUCGAAAAUUUUGGCGGAAAUAAAUCAUCUGUAACUUUAUGGGGUCAUCGAGCUGGAGCAACUCUUGUAACAACUCUAGUUGGUAUUCGACGAACAAGAGAUCUUUUUCAGAGAGUAUGGAUCUCUAGCGGUAGUGCAAUAUUUCCUGGAAGAGAAUUGGAAUUUUCAGAAACACUUAAUGAGCUAUUUUUAAAUUCUACAAGAUGUAAUGAUGCCGCCUGUUUACGAAGCAAAAGUGCGGAAGAGAUCAUGGAUUCAGUUCCUGAGACUUGGCAUUUAGGAAACAUUGGUUUACCUGAAGCAAGAGAAGCAACAAUUAGAGAUAGAAGACACGAAUGGCUUGUACUUGAUCGUGCUAUUCUUCAAGAACCUGUAGGUCAAAUUUGGGCAAGAGAUGAAUUUUCAGUGAAAAUAGUAAUGGGCACCACUGCUCAUGCUGGAGCUCCUCUUAAAUAUCUUAUUUCUAAUAUUACUCUCAAUUCCACACAAGUAGAGAAAAUUGUAAAAGAAUCUUUAUUGGGCACAACAGGUUUAGCAGAUGAAGCUCUCAGACGUUAUAAUGCAACAUUGAGAGGUUUAUUAAGCAUGAUUUCGGACAUUCGUGUUAUAUGUCCAUUGCUAACAGUCGCUAGAAUGAAGACCAAUAUUCCAUUCUAUGUAGCAACGCAACCGCGAGGUCAGUUUGCAGAUCCCGAUAGUGAUGCUGCAGCAAUACUAGGAUCGUAUGCUGCUCGUACUCCUGCUGAAAAAAGACACGUAUCUGCUAUGCAACAGCUUUUUAAUCACUAUGUUUGGCACGGUGAAGUAGCUCAGACAAAUUCUAAUGGUGUGAAACGAGUUUUAAUUGUUGGUCAAGAUACGCUUCCCGAACGUGACUAUCCUAAUUGCGAUUUUUGGAUAGAAAAAAAUAUAGUUCCAUCUUAUGGUCGAGUCGAUUGAAUUUUUUUUUGGAAUUAUAUUUGAUGAACAUUCCAAGAUAUUUAGCAUAUUUAAAAUACUUUUAUACGAAGACAAUUUUGUUUUAUUAGCUUUUGCAAUCUAUAUUAUUCUUAUCAAUUUUAAAAGCAAAAAUAAUUGAAUU